AUAAAAUCGACAUGACGUCGGCAAUAGGAGACGUUUUUAUCGUGUCGGCUGCCCGUACUCCGAUCGGCAAUUUCAUGGGUACUCUCUCAACACUAAGCGCUGCGGAUCUAGGUGCGGUGGCCGUGAAAGAAGUUUUACAACGUGCCAGCGUCGAUCCGGCCGACGUAAACGAAGUCAUACUCGGACAGGCCCUGACGGCUGGCCAGGGGCAGAACCCGGCUCGUCAGGCGUCCCUUAAAGCUGGCGUUCCGAAGGAAGUACCGGCAUACAACAUUAACAUGCUGUGCGGAUCAGGGCUUAAAACGGUCGCACUUGGAUACCAGGCGAUCCGUAACGGUGACGCCUCCGUAAUCGUUGCCGGUGGACAAGAAUCAAUGUCUAAAUCUCCGCAUGUGAUGCACCUGCGUGGUGGAACCAAGAUGGGCGAGGCGAAAAUGCUCGAUACCAUGUUAAACGACGGCUUAACGGAUGCGUUCUACGAUUUGCACAUGGGUGUUACCGCGGAAAACCUUGCGUCAGAAUACGCAAUCAGCAGAGAAGCGCAAGAUGCUUUUGCCGCCCAGAGCCAGAAGCUAGCAAAGGAGUCCCAGGAGAAGGGAUACUUCAAGGACGAAAUCGUACCAGUGCCGGUUCCCAGCCGGAAAGAAACCAUUCAGUUUGCUGCUGAUGAGUACCCGAAGCAUGACACCAAUGUUAACGAUUUAGCCAAAUUGCGGCCGUGCUUCAUCAAGGACGGCACGGUAACUCCGGGAAAUGCGUCCGGUAUCAACGAUUCCGCCGCUGCUGUACUGCUAAUGUCCGCUGAAGAGGUUAAGAAACGAGACGCAAAACCCUUAGCGAAGGUCAUAGCGUACGCGCAGACUGGAAUAUGCCCCAAAAUCAUGGGUGCUGGGCCAAUCUCUGCUGUACAAUUGGUGCUGCAAAAGGCAGGUUGGAAAAUGGAUGACGUCGAUCUAUUCGAAUUAAACGAAGCAUUUGCAGCUCAAGCGCUGGCCGUAAACAAGGGCCUCGGUGUCGAUCCCGCGAAAGUGAACGUCGGUGGAGGAGCCAUCGCGCUCGGUCAUCCGAUUGGCGCAUCGGGAUGUCGAGUGCUUGUCACUCUGCUGUACGCGUUGAAGCGUACCGGUGGCAAGAAAGGAGUGGCAUCCCUUUGCGUUGGCGGGGGAAUGGGCGUUGCUAUGGCCGUUGAAAUGGUGUAAAAUUCGAUCCGUUGUUGUACGAUAGGAUCUUUUACGAAGCUUCGCCAGCAGCUUCACCUAGCAUCUGAUUUUCAGCUAGCGUUUGGCGUUGGUUCAUCUGGGCACGUUUCUCCUUGAAAGUGCGCUUCUUAUCGAUCUUCUUACGUGGUCCGGUCAACGCAUUGAUGUGUUCCUCAAGCACAGGCUUUAUUUUUAUCUGUUAAAGAAAGUUGAACAUGUAGAUGAUUAGCGAUGAUUGCCUCGGCGCUAUGCAAUGUUUUUAUCCAUUUUACACCUGUGGGCAGCAACUGCUCUGCAAUAUUGAAAUUAAUAGCAAAUUGACUUAUAUGUUUCAUUUCUUCUGGAUUACGUUUAUUAUUUAUGCUUUGAAAGACUGUUUGUGAGGAACGGUUGCUUAACAUUCUUGCUUACUAUCUAGUUAUUGUUUUGUAAUAACAAACUAGCGCAGAAUAUGCGCUAGCUGUUAAAACUGUGAUUAGCAUCUGAACGUACCACCUCUGGAGAUAUCAAAUAAGUAGAUCGACGUUUUGUUUCGACUUCGACAGUUAAAAUCAUACCCUAACAUGUCUCUUUGGACUUAGUCACAACGUAAACUCGGGCUUUUAGCUAUGGCUUCCACAUUCCAAACAUUAUUUCAUAUACUUCAAACUGUAGUAACGCACAUUACCUGCGUUUCAUAUUUAUCUGCCUUUUAUAACCACGUGUGCUUUUAGCUACAUACUUUGACUUUUAUGCUGGGAGAAGUUGAUUUCUAUAAGUAAAAAUAACUAUACACAAUGCAGGCGUGCACUCUCGGAACAGUAGAAAAGGACGUAAUUUUUAAAGUGGGACUGCUUUCAUUAAGCAUCUUGUGCAAACAGACAUCCUCCCGUGACAAUUGGCCUCCGUAAUGCAUUACGGUAUCGUUCUGAGUUAAAGCUAAACAGCGAUUAUAAUAAAAUGAAUCAAGCGAACGAAAGCCGUAAGAUAAAAUUUAUCACACAUGAACGCUACAAUACAAGGGUGUGGAUCUGCUUUAAGGACAUUGUUUAACCUGAAAUAAUAUACUUUGGGUCUAUAACCGCUCACGUUCAGUGGAUGAAGGAUUUGUCAAGGUAACGGAAAUCACCAAUUAUCGAUAGGGUUAAAGCUCGAAAACUAUAUGCAAAGUUACGGUGUCGUAAAUAUACAUUUCAAGCAAUCGUUUCUAAUCUCUUUAGAUUUGCUCACAUUC